AUGUCAACAUCACAGCCAACCGGCCUCGAACCUCACCAUGCGGACGGUACACCUUCCAUCACCCCCAAUACCUUUUCGAGUCAUGCCUCCCCUCUUCCUAGAUCCUACACAACUCGUCCAGGUACUGCGUCCGAUGCUGCGAAGAUCUCAAAGCUAGUAGGAAACACCUGGUCAGAAUUAUUCGGAUGGUCGGUCUCACCUCAAGAUUUAGAUACCUAUAUCAACGUCACACUCUCACCAUCGAGCUUCGAAUCGGAACUUGAGCAAAGCGAUAAACACAUAUUCAUCUGUGCUUCUUCUUCUUCUUCCUCGGACCAACAAGCAGAGAUAUUAGGUGUAUCUCAAUUAGUCAACAACCCCUCACCUCCGAUGGAAAUACCCAACUCUAUAGAGUUACAAAGAUUGUAUGCCCACCGCUCAACACACGGUACGGGGCUCGGUCAACUUCUGAUCACCAAAUCGAAGGAGAAGGCCAGAGAGUUGGGGAAGAGUAAGAUUUGGUUGGGCGUAUGGGAAGGUAAUGAGAGAGGGAAGAGGUUUUACGAGAAGAUGGGUUUUGAGAGAGUCGGGGAAAAGGUGUUUUAUGCGGGGGAAUCAAAGAGGAGGGAUCUGAUCAUGUGUAUAGAUGUGUAA